AUGACGCCGAAUGCUUUGCUGGAUUUGCUUUCAGACGGAGAGGCCAAUGCUCCCAACUACAGGUGUGGAAGGCAAAGAAACACAGUGGUUGUGUUGGAAGAAGCUGAGACGGGCAUUUCCAUUCACAUCUCAACCAUGUUGGGCACCUACAAAAUUCCACAGCUUCACUCCUUUCUUCAAAGCUCUCAGUUUCACAAUAAUUCCAUAGAAGGGGUAUAUUUGGAUGAGAAAGGAGAUCUUACAGCUGAUUUGGACAUUGUGAGCUGGGUCAUUUUUCCCAAUACAUCUGUCAAGAGAGUGAAAUCUGGGAGAGUAGAAAAACAAACAUCUCAGAAUGUUAAAGUUAUCAUCGAGCAGAAGAGUAUCCCACAGGUGGAAAUGUUGAACAAGCCUUUGCCUCCUUCCAAAUGUGUGGAAAGUUGUUGUCCUGGAUUCAUGAAGGUAGUUCAAGAAGGGAAUCACAUCUGCUGCUAUGACUGUCAUCCUUGUGCAGAAGGAACCAUCUCCACCAUAGAAGAUGCUGAAAAAUGUACCAAAUGUCCAGCAGAACAAUAUCCAAACACCAAUCAAGUUGACUGUAUUCCUAAGACUGAAACUUUCCUAUCUUAUCAAGAAAAUCUGGGGAUCAUCCUUGCUUCCCUUGCCUUGUUCCUGUCUUUGGUAACAGGUUUUGUCUUGGGAAUUUUCAUUAAAUUCCAAGAAACUCCCAUAGUCAAAGCCAACAAUCGAGAUCUCUCCUACAUCCUUCUCAUCUCCCUCUUGCUCUCCUUCUUGUCCUCAUUCCUGUUCAUUGGCCAACCAAGGAGAGCUACUUGCCUUCUUCGACAAACUGCCUUCAGCAACAUCUUCUCAGUUGCCAUUUCUACCAUCUUGGCCAAAACAGUCAUGGUGGUGCUAGCCUUCUUGGCCACAAAACCAGGGAAUAAAGUGCAGAGAUGGCUAGGGAAGAGCCUGGCUAAUUCUAUCAUAUUUUCGUGUUCUGGUGUCCAAAUUAUCCUCUGCAGCAUCUGGUUGGGCACUUCUCCCCCAUUCUUUGAGUCAGACAUGGACUUGGAACCUGCAGAGAUUGUCCUGCAAUGUAAUGAAGGCUCUGUUGCCAUGUUCUAUGGUGCCCUUGGCUACAUGGCCUUCCUUGCUCUGGUUUGCUUCACAGUGGCUUUCCUAGCCAGAAAUCUACCUGGGGCCUUCAAUGAAGCCAAACUCAUCACCUUCAGCAUGCUGGUCUUCUGCAAUGUCUGGGUAACCUUUGUACCCACCUACCUGAGCACCAAAGGGAAAUAUAUGGUGGUUGUGCAGGUUUUCUCCAUCUUGGCCUCGAGUGCUGGACUUCUGGGCUGCAUCUUCAUACCCAAGUGUUAUAUUAUUUUUUUAAGACCAGACCUGAAUACAAAACAAUAUUUGUUUUCAAAAUAA